AUCAAAAGUUUUGAUGCUACAGUUUAAUAUGUUGUAUUUGUUUUUACAUUUUUUGUUUGACAUGACAUCAAAUGCCCCAAACCAAAUUCUGUGACGUACUGUUUUCAGAGGGUACGCGUCACUUUUGUUUCCGUCUGGGAUUGCGUUGCCUUGUUGCCUAGUAAUCAACCGAGUCGUCGUUGUGGAAACCAUUGCAGCAACAACCAGCACGCUCUAACUCGCUGGCCGUGAUGGAACGAAGUACAAACACCAAGCAUCCGGAGAAGCCCAUCGUACACUACGGUGUUCCAGAGUGGUGCAACAACAACGAGCAGCUCUCUGCCACCGCAGAGCUCGAGCGAUAUCUUUCCAAUGUAAUCCGCCAAGAGAGCAGGACACUCCGCAAUGACACCAACUGUAAGACAAACUGGGAUGAAAGCGAUACCUCCCGUAUGUUGAGGGAUCGGGUGUGGGAGGUUUCAAGAUGUAAGGAUCUGCUCGUAUCCUGCGCAAAGAAAGUUGAUGAUGAGAUUGAAGCACUGACGUUGUCGAAAACCCGGACCGAGGAGACCUUGGCUGCCACGGCAAUUCCCCACGAGGUCAGCAUGGAGAGCCUGACCCUGAGGGAGGGACGGCAAGGAUUUGAGCUGAUCAACGACCCCGUGGAAAAGGAAUUAAAGAAAGAGGUGCAUGUCAUCGAAAGAGCGCAGCAAACCCUGCAGCAACUCAUCGACCAGGCGUUUGAACAGCUCUGUAUCUUGCAGAAAAUUCGACAGCAGCUGACCGCUGACCUCCAGAACAAGGUGGAAACUCUGGAUAUUGACAAUACCUGUCUCGAGCUUACCAUAACGUCAUCCCAGAUUUCCCUGAAACCAGAUCCUACUCGGAUACCUGCAGGUUCGUGUACGCCACACGAGUGGAUCCAGUUCACCAAGUUGAAUUUGGCUCGGGCCCGUGAAGCAAUGGAGAUGUCCGAGCAGAUGAGGGAGCACAUGAGUCUCACCCGAGUCAGCCUGCAAAACGAUUUGAAGAACCAGCAGAGAGCCACAGAGUUUGCGCUGCGUAAGCGCAAUCACGAAGAGCAACAGGCUUGCCGCGAGCUCGAGUGGCAACUGAAAAACACUGAGGGAGAGAUAGCAGACAUGGAGAAUGACAUAUUCAAGUUGGACGCGGAUCUGAAGGCAAAGACGGCCCCGCUGAAACUGGCUCACACCAGGCUGGAGAACAGAACCUGCCGGCCUGGCAUGGACCUCUGCAGAGAUGAGGCGCAGCGUUGCCUAGUUGACGAAGUCAAUCAGCUGCAGGCCACAAUUGGCAUUCUGAAGGAGAAGCUGUCUGAAGCUCAGUACUCGUUGCAGAGACUGAAGCUUCAUCAGAACCAAAUGAAGCAAGAUCACGCCAGGAAGCGUGGCGCUUUGGCCCUGGAGGAACGCUGCAUCAACAUCCGCCACCGCCUCAUCCCCAUAUUAUACAGCGAUGGCACCCCUGUGCCGCUGCUGCUACUUACGAACUCGAGUGGGAGGAGCACCAGGCAUCUUGAAGCCUGACCAGGCUUUUCUUCAUUUACAAAUCAAGUCUAUUCUGAAUAGAAAUAUAAUUUUUUUACAGUAAUUAUGGAACAGACACCAUGUAAAACUCACAGAAAUUCACUUCUGUUGAGCGGCUCACAUCUUAUCUAGGCCUGCUAUCAAGACUGCCCCCCCCAGCCCCCCUUCCCAUUUGAGUGUGUCCACACAAAGCUCACGUUUGUGUUAAGGUCAUUUAUUUCAUAUGCUGCUAGAUUUUAUGACUUUGUUUGGGCCACGUCAUAAUGUUUGACCAUCUGACGCUGUUUACGGCGCGGAGAGAAUAAUGUGAAUCCUGACUCCCACGUAUAUAUGCAGAAGGUUAGCAUGGAUCGUUGCCAAAGCUUUUCAUUUGGUUACCCCUCACAUAACUACUCAUAAAUAAAGAAAUUAUGAAUACA